AUGGUGCCUCUCCGCGGCUCCGUCUUCUUUUCUGCUCGUCGCCGUCCUCUCUCCACUAUCUUUUCCUCUUCAAACCUCACCAGUGUCCGUACACCCGAACUUUCAACAGCUUUCCUCCCUGCAGCAGCCCCUAGGCAUUCUGCUGCUGCCUCAGCCAGGCCAGCAGCAGCAGCAGCAGAAGCAGCAACCGAAGUAACAGCAGCACAAAGAUCAGCAAGAAAAGCUCCAGCAGCAGCAGCAGGAGCAGCGGCGGAAACAGCAGCAGCAGCAGCAGCAGCAGCAACAGCAAAGUCAGCAGCACCAGUGCUCGCUGACCCAAGGCCAGCAGCAAAUGGAGUUCCUUCGUCUCCUCCCCCGCACAUUCAAAAGCCCCCCCUGAGCUCUUCUGCAUUUCUGUCUUGGCGCCACAGGCGGCUCUCUUCUCGCGCUUUUGCUUCUAGCUGCAGCAGCAGCAGCAGCAGCAUCAGCAGCAUCGGCAGCAGCAGAGAGAGUUGUAGCAGUACCACCAACAGCGAGAACAACAACACCAGCAGCAGCAACAGCAGCAGCAGCAGCAGCAACAGCAGCAGCAGCAGUAACCCUCGUCCUCAGUGCAGCUCAUGUCCUGCUUCUUCCUCAUGCAGCAGCAGGAACGGCAGCAGCAACAGCACCCCCACCACUCCCCCCACCACUACCACCGCCACCAGCAGCAGCAGCAGCAGCAGCAGCAGCAGCAGCAGUGUGGACAGCGUGCAUCGUGGUUAUUUAUUUGAUCGUAUGUCUGACUCUCCACGUACAGAUAUUUCAUCUUUUUAUAAACUAAGUGAGUUAGCUGCAUGCACCCUGAAGCCGGUGCGUUUGCCGCAGAGUAUACAGCAGAAGCUGCUGCUGCUGCUGCAGCACGUGGGCAAGAAGAAAGAUCUAGAAAAAAUAGGAAAGCUGCUGGCGGAGAAAGCAGCAGCAAGAACCUCUGUUGAGCUGCCGCGGGUGCUGCCCUCGUUGCUGCUGCCUGAGGCGCAGCAAAUAGCGAGAGAAGCUGUCGCUAGGAAGCAGCAGCAGCAGCUGCUGCAGCAGCAGCUGCAGCAGCAGCAGCAGCAGAUGCAGGAUGAGGAGGAGGAGCAGGAUAUAGAUGAAGAGCAGGAUAUGUUAUCUGCUGCUGCUGCUGCUGAUGCUGCUGCUGCACUGCAGCAGCAGCAGAAGAAGCAGCAGCAAAGGAGCAGCAGCUCUGUGCUUCUGGGUCGUGACAGUGCAGCUCUGCGUUCUUUACCUGGAUACAAAGAAAUCCUAAAAACUCAUAUUGUUCCUUCGAUAGGUUUAAUAGAACAAGAAGCACUAGCAGCAGCAGAAGACAAAAGACAUGCACUGUAUAGACAGCUGAUGGGGGGUCAUUCCCCAGCAACAGCAGCUGCCUAUACAGCCCAUCGUUUCUCGGGUGUAUAUGCAUCUCUUCUUCGUAUAUUAACCGAAAUAAAACACAGAUGUUCAGACUUUAAACCCAAAAGAAUACUGGAAAUGAAUGCUGCUUUUGCUGCUGGGCUUCUUGCUGCGCAUGCGGUGUAUGGACAGCUGCUGCGGGGAGAUGCAGCAGCAGCUCCUUGUAAACAGAACAAAGUCAAAUACGCAGAUAUAGAAACACAACUAUCAGCAGCAACAGCAGCAGAAGCAGCAGCAGCAGCAGCAGCAGCAGCAGCAGCAGCAGGAGCAGAUGCUGGUGAUGGUGAUGAUAAAGGGUUUGAGUUUCUUAUGGCGGUAGAACCCUCAAUGCAUCUAUCCAGCAUAGGUAAAUAUCUUCUCUCUGACUUAACCCCCCAAGUACAGUGGCAGCUAGCUCUUUACGAGGAAGGAACAGGCUCCCCUUCUCCUGCAGCAGCAACACCAGCAGCAGCAGCAGGAGCAGCAGCAGCAGCAGCAGCAGGAGCAGCAGCAGCAGGAGGAGAGAGCGAGAGAGAUGUUUAUACACGAACUCAAACCCCAAAACUUUUAUUUUAUUUCUCCUUGCCCCCAUGA